AUGAUCACAGUGCCGUCUUUAGGAUCAACGAGGCUAUGGGCCAAGGCAUACACACCAACUGGUUUCGAAAAGUACGGCUAUACAUGCACGGUCGCGGACUAUAGAGUCAACUUCUCUGUUUGGGAUACAUCAGGAACUCCUUCAUACGACACCGUGCGACCUCUCGCGUACCAGGACGCCAAGAUCUUCAUGCUAUGCUUCAAUAUUGCUGAACCAGAGUCACUUAACACUGCUGCUGCUAAGUGGUAUAGAGAGGUGCGUACACACGGAGGGUCUGCUCCCGUGGUCCUGUGUGGCUGCAAAGCUGAUCUUCGCCAUGACAAGGAGACCCUUACGAUACUGUCCAAGCUGAGGACCCAUCCUGUUACGAGCGAAGAGGCUCUCUCGGUAGCUAGACAGCUCGGGGCGACCACGUACGUUGAAACUUCAGCCCGCGCUUCCAGUAAAGGUGUUAAAGAUGCCUUUGAAGUUGCAGCGCUAGCAGCCCUAGGGAAAUUAAAUAAGCAACAGAUUAAACAACAGAAGCAAGUCGGUCGCAGUAAAAGCAAGCGCGACCUGAAAGCCGAGCUAAAGGGUCGCGCGAAGAGUUGCUGCGUCAUGUGAUCCGUAGCCGGCCACCCCUCCCGGUGGCCGCACGACUGCUAGACGACCACCACACUACAGAACCUUCUAGAAACCUUCUAGAAUCUUCGACUCUUCUAGAAUCUUGAAAAAAAAGCCAUUCGCGUAUAUAACCAAUGGCAUCGGGCCUAAUACAGCGCCUUGUGGGACUCCAGUGAAGUGCUAAAUUUUUACAAGUGUGUAAUUGGAACAGAGUUCGUUUUAAACUUUUAUUGUAUAGGUAUUGAAGCAAAGGUGCAAUGUUUUGACCCGCAGGGUUGAGAGCGUGAAUCUGUGAUAUGCAAAUGACAUACGGUAUGAAAUAAGUGAUGUGAAAGAUGAAUUAUACCAAAUAUUUUUGCAAUAGUUUGGCAGUGAUAAGCACUUUUUGCUCGAAGGUCUUUGGAAUGAAUUUAAGUCAACUCAAUUCAUUCAUGUAAUUUUAUAACAUUCGAUAUUUUGGCCUGUUUUUGACUCCUAGACAAAAUUUAUGUAAAUUAAAAAAAACUACAUAUUUGGUAUAAUUUAUUCUAGCAAGUUUAGAAAGGAUAGACGCUCUAUUCGUACCACCACAAAAUUCGAUUACUAAAAAUAGCGUAUACUUUUAAAUUAAAUAUAUAAUAUGUAGAGGAAUACGUGUUUUCAUAUACAUAAAAAUUGAUGUUUUUCUAUAUUGUGGCAUUUAAGACGUUGUAAAUAGUAUUUAUUAAGGUAACGGUAAAACCAAGUGCUCAUUUUACUUUAGCGGGAGCAUGUUAAUAAUAUUUUAUUUGUGAUAAAAAUACGUAAGUAUUUGAACGAUCCUGCACAAUAUUGGACAAUAUUACUUAAUUACGGAGGUCCAUUCAGUCUUUAGUCCCACGUCCAAUUUUGCUACGUUAGAUUAGAUUUUUUACAUUAGUACGUGUAUCGAUGUUGCUUUUAUUGUGAAGUUGGUUUUGUAACUGUCAAAACGUUGUGAUAUUUCUCUUGAGGCUCUUGUUAAAGCGUCGACGUUAUCGAAUGCUUAUGCCAAAUCUUGUGACACUGUUACUUCUUUAGAAAUUAAAUGUGAACGUAGAUAUUCAAAAUUCAUUAAUUUUUAUAUUUUAAAAUCAUACAAUUUACCCAUUCCUUCUUACAUAAAUAAUAACGCCACAGAUUAUGUAUAAAGUUGAGAUUAGACUGAUAAUGUUAUUUAUUGUUGUAAUAAUGCACUAUAAUAAAGACAGUAAGGUAACAUAAACCACAGAUUAUCUAAAAUUGAAUCCGAGCUUCGUUUCCAUCUUUAAAAAUAUUCUCGUUUCAAAAACUCAUCUUGCAGUCGACAUUU